AUGGAUGAAGGUUCAUGUCAAUUAGUCGUUUCUUCCAAUUUGCUUUGUGGCUUUUUAGAAGGAAAUUGUGGUGCUGUUGGAGGUGGUGUUGGAGGUGCUGUUGGAGGUGGAGCUGGUGGUGGGGUAGUUGGAGGUGGUGCCGGUGGUGCUAGAGGUAGUGUUGGAGGUGGUGCCGGAGGCGCUGUUGGAGGUGGAGUUGGUGCUGGUGUAGUUGGAGGUGGUGUUGGUGGUGCUAGAGGUAGUGUUGGAGGUGGUGCCGGAGGCGCCGUUGGAGGUGGAGCUGGUGCUGGUAUAGUUGGAGGUGGUGCUGGUGGAGGAGGUGCUAGAGGUAGUGUUGGUGGCGCUGUUGGAGGUGGGGUUGGUGCCGGUGGCGUUGUUGGAGGUGGUGCCAGAGGCGCUGUUGGAGGCGGUGUCGGUGGUGUUGUUGGAGGUGGUACAGGAGGUGCUGUUGGAGGUGGAGCUGGUGGUUCUGGUGGUGCUAGAGGUAGUGUUGGUGGCGCUGUUGGAGGUGGAGUUGGUGGCGCUGUUGGAGGUGGAGUUGGUGCUGGAGGCACUGUUGGAGGCGGUGUCGGUGGUGCUGUUGGAGGCGGUACCGGAGGUGCUGUUGGAGGUGGUGCUAGAGGUAGUGCCGGUGGCGCUGUUGGAGGUGGUGUCGGAGGUGGAGCUGGUGGCGCUGCUGGAGGUAGUGCUGGUGGUGCUGUUGGAGGAGGUGUCGGAGGCGCUGUUGGAGGCGGUGUUGGUGCUGGUGGUGUUGUUGGAGGUGGUACCGCAGGCGCUGUUGGAGGUGGAGUUGGUGCUGGUGUAGUUGGAGGUGGUGCCGGUGGUGCAGUUGGAGGUGAUAGAGGUAAUGUUGGUGGCGCUGUUGGGGGUGGAGUUGGUGCCGGUGGCACUGUUGGAGGUGGUGCCGGAGGCGCUGUUGGAGGCGCUGUCGGUGGUGCUGUUGGAGGUGGUGGCAGAGGUGCUGUUGGAGGUGGAGCUGCAUCUGGUGGUGCAGUUGGAGGAGGUGCCAGUGGUGCAGUUGGAGGUGGUGCUAGAGGUAGUGUUGGUGGUGCUGUUGGAGGUGGAGUUGGUGCCGGUGGCACAGUUGGAGGCGGUGUCGGUGGUGCUGUUGGAGGCGGUGCCGGUGGUGCUGUUGGAGGCGGUGCCGGAGGUGGUGUUGGAGGUGGUGCUAGAGGUAGUGCUGNUGCCGGUGGUGGUGUUGGUAUUGGUGGAGGAGGUUGUGGUAGUGGACGUGGUGCAGCUCGCGGAGGACGUCGUGGUGGUGGUGCUAGUGGAGGUGUUGGGGGAGGUGUAGGAGCUGGAGGCAAAGUAGGCGGAGGAAGUGGUGUUGGUGGCACAAUCGGAGGUGGUGCUAGAGGUGGUGCUGGUGGCUCUGUUGGAGGUGGAAUUGGUGCCGGUGGCGCUGUUGGAGGCGGUGCCGGUGGUGCUGUUGGAGGCGGUGCCGGAGGUGGUGUUGGAGGUGGUGCUAGAGGUAGUGCUGGUGGCGCUGUUGGAGGUGGUGUCGGAAGUGGAGCUGGUAGUGCUGCUGGAGGUAGCGCCGGUGGUGCUGUUGGAGGUGGUGUCGGAGGAGGAGUUGGUGGCGCUGGAGGAGGUGCCGGAGGUGGUGCUGGUGGUGCAGUUGGAGGUGGUGCUAGAGGUAGUGCCGGUGGCGCUGUUGGAGGUGGUGUCGGAGGUGGAGCUGGUGGCGCUGCUGGAGGUAGUGCUGGUGGUGCUGUUGGAGGAGGUGUCGGAGGCGCUGUUGGAGGCGGUGUUGGUGCUGGUGGUGUUGUUGGAGGUGGUACCGCAGGCGCUGUUGGAGGUGGAGUUGGUGCUGGUGUAGUUGGAGGUGGUGCCGGUGGUGCAGUUGGAGGUGAUAGAGGUAAUGUUGGUGGCGCUGUUGGGGGUGGAGUUGGUGCCGGUGGCACUGUUGGAGGUGGUGCCGGAGGCGCUGUUGGAGGCGCUGUCGGUGGUGCUGUUGGAGGUGGUGGCAGAGGUGCUGUUGGAGGUGGAGCUGCAUCUGGUGGUGCAGUUGGAGGAGGUGCCAGUGGUGCAGUUGGAGGUGGUGCUAGAGGUAGUGUUGGUGGUGCUGUUGGAGGUGGAGUUGGUGCCGGUGGCACAGUUGGAGGCGGUGUCGGUGGUGCUGUUGGAGGCGGUGCCGGUGGUGCUGUUGGAGGCGGUGCCGGAGGUGGUGUUGGAGGUGGUGCUAGAGGUAGUGCUGGUGGCGCUGUUGGAGGUGGUGUCGGAAGUGGAGCUGGUAGUGCUGCUGGAGGUAGCGCCGGUGGUGCUGUUGGAGGUGGUGUCGGAGGAGGAGUUGGUGGCGCUGGAGGAGGUGCCGGAGGUGGUGCUGGUGGUGCAGUUGGAGGUGGUGCUAGAGGUAGUGCCGGUGGCGCUGUUGGAGGUGGUGUCGGAGGUGGAGCUGGUACCGGUGGUGCUGUUGGAGGUGGUGUAGGAGGAGGAGUUGGUGGCGCUGUUGGAGGUGCUAUAGGUGGUGGAGUUGGCUUAGGCGGUGGUGUUGGAGGGGGUGGAGGAGGAGGACUUGGUGGUGGUUUAGGCGGUGGUAUUGGAGGUAGUGGAGGAGGAGGACUUGGUGGUGGAAGUGGUUCCGGAGGUGGUGCUGGAGGCGGUGGCGGAGGAGGACUUGGUGGUGGUGUUGGAGGCGGCGGAGGAGGAGGACUUGGUGGUGCUGUUGGAGGAGGUGGAGGUCUCGGUGGUGGUGUUGGUGGCGGAGCAAAUGUUGGUGUAGGAGUUGGAGCCGGAGGCAGUGGAGGAGGAGCUGGUGGUGGCGUUGGAAACCGGCGACACUAAAUCAGAAACAGCAAGUGACUCUUAACAAUUUAGCACUGCAUGCACGUUGCCUCUUUAGUAGUUUGCAUGCACGCUCUCGUUGUUAUCACUUUUAUCUUAUUCUCCUUGUAACCAGUAUAUAAUAUUAAUUAAUAAUGAAUAAACUCUUUACAAAAGAUUAAAAAUUGA